UCGAAUAAAGGCGUAACGUAGACACUAAAAGUCUCCAAUUUUGCAUCAGGGUCCAGAGCACACUUCCUGCUGCGCAGCAAAACCUACAACAAUGGCUUUUACUCAGCAGUCGCCUUUUUACAACCCAAGAAUCCCCUUCACUGGAUCGAUCCAUGGCGGUCUGCAGGAGGGGAAGUCAAUCAGCAUCAGUGGACGAGUCCUGCCUGGAGCUGACAGGUUCCAUGUGAAUUUCCAGUGUGGUUCCAGACCCAAUGCGAACAUUGCUCUCCACUUUAACCCGCGGUACGACAAUCACCCUGCUUAUGUGGUUGCAAACACCUUGCAGAACGGCAGCUGGGGCAGCGAGGAGAGGAAUUACAAUUCUCCGUUCCCCGCCGGCUCGUCCUUCAGCCUGCUCAUCACCGUCUCCCGUGAUUCCUUCCAGGUGAACGUCAACGGCCAAUUCUUCAUGGACUACAGACACCGUAUUGCCUUUCACCAAGUGGACACCAUCUCCAUAGGCGGGAAAGUAGAAAUUUCCUCCAUUGCCUUCCAGAGCCCUGUGCCUGCAUUUGGUUCACAUGUAGCCUAUCCCACCCAGGCUGGCUUCCCUUCUUGUCCGGCAUUUCCACCUCAGCCUGGAUUCCCCUCCCAGCCAGGGUUUCCUCCUGUAAUGUUUAAUGUUCCAUACAUGGGCAUCAUCAGUGGAGGACUCACACCUGGCAGGACCAUCACCAUCCAGGGGACUGUUCAGCCCAGUGCCACAAGGUUCCAUGUGAAUCUCAGCUAUCAGUCUGGCAUCGCUCUGCAUUACAACCCACGUUUCAGCGAGAACGUGGUGGUUCGAAACACCAAGCAGUGGGAGCAGUGGGGCCCCGAGGAGCGAGGUGGAGGGAUGCCCUUCCGUCAGGGGCAACCUUUCACGUUGACCAUCUGCUGUGAAGGUCACUCCUUCAGGAUCGUGGUCAACGGGAUGCAGACGCACAACUACAAGCACCGUUUCACUCACCUCCAACAAAUCACCACCCUGGAGAUCGGCGGUGACAUCACUUUGUCCUCUGUGAUUGUGUAAAGAUCCGGGCCCCGAGCUGACGCCGUACAAUCGGCACAAAAACACAGCAAUUGCAUUUAUCAAUUAAUUCAUGCUCCUUGAUUACUUUGGGUAUUCACUGGGUAUCACAUAUUUACCUCCUGUGUAUUCAUACUACAAAUAAUCAUUCUCAUUUCUAUAUUAUUAUCUGGUUGAAUUCAGUCGCUGAGGUGGAAAGAAACAAAUACACCAGCGAAGAAAGUGAAACUGUCAAAAUGGGAAUUUGAAAUACAUUGUGUAAUCGUUUAUGCUUUGUGAAACAUUGAAAUUAAACCUUAUUGUCACAACAGG